ACCUUACGUACUCUCCUCACUAUAUACCGGUACUGCGCUAGCUAGACGUACAUCCUCCCCACUCGCUCCAAGGCGUUCGAAUUUCUGUGCACCGGCCGGCGACCGCCAUGUCUCAAGCGCCCAAAGCCGACCCCGAGGAGCGCAACGGAUUCACCUGCGGCACGCUGCUCACGUGCCUCUGCCUCCCGGGGCUCUCCAAGAAGAAGCCGGAGGAAGCUGGCGGUGGCAAGACCCAGCAGCCAGCGGCGCCGGAACAAGACCAUCGCACGGAGCAGGAACUCCCGCAGGUGCCAAGCCGCCGGGAGGCGUCCUUGGAGAAGCUCGAGGGCUCCUCGCUCUACUCCGGCAGCAACAUCGUCUUCGACUUCCUGGUGGAGCCGGGGGAAGGGGACAACCGUGGCGCCGUCCAUGGAUACUGCCCGUCGCCGUGCUUUGACCUGCCGGUGGAGCUGAUACGGGCCGGCGAACGAUGCGGGGUCGUCGCUAGCGACGUGCCGGUCACGUCCGCAUUCGUGUUCGACGGCCAUCGAGAUGGCGCAGCUCUGAAGAAGAUGGCGUCGUGCCUGGCGUCCAGCGUGCCUACAGGUAGCGAGGCGCGGCCAACGCAUCUCGUGAGGUUCCUGUCCGCGUCGGGUUGUGCCGUGCCGGUGCCGCCUCCCGUGGCGUCUUUCGGUGGCCCGGCAAAGCAUUGCGGGGGUUGACGAGUCGUGCCCCCGGUGGAGUGGACAGUCAUCUGGACCCGUCCUCAAAAUACUUGGGAAUACCCGGAUUACCAUCAUUAAACUUACAUCAUCGAAUAGAAACAGCCAUCACAUAGCUACGUAUUUCGUCGACGUGGGAUAUACUUUGACUUGUCUACGCUCCAUGUAUGUGUGAUAUCAGCACCACAAUUAACCUUGUCUUUUGUCUCGGUUCAUUUUACCCAUAA